ACCAGAAUUUUGAAUGGAAAUAUUUAGUCUAACAAUCUUUUUUUUUCGGUGAAGUAAUUACAUAAUAUCAAUUUAAAGACACGCACACUUAAAGUGAUAUCGAUACCAUUUGUAAAUGGGAAGUUUUAGUUUAACAACAUCAUAUAAAAUAAGAAUUUAACUGUGAAUAUAAUGAUGGAAACAAUUCAGGACUAACAGUGUAUAUCCAUAUACAAGCUGAAUAAGACAAGGCAAUGCAAUUCUGAACAGAUAUAUUGGACAGAUAGAAGAGCAUAUAAAUUGCUUUUAUGAUGGAAAUUCAGGGUAUUGACCAUUCAGAUGAUGUUGACAAUUCGUCGGCUGAUGGCACAAUCUACUGUAGCCCUUGUGAGAAAGGGAGCAGUCGCAUUGCUGCUAACAGCUUCUGUAAGAACUGCGAUGAAUACCUCUGCUUAAGCUGUGUCAAAGUCCAUAGAAAUAUGAAGGUUACCCAAGACCAUGUUGUACUCAGUGGUGAUUCCAUGCCAUAUCUUCAUUCUCCUAACAAGGCAGAUGGUAAAAAAGGAUUAACCGGAUGUACGGAACAAUGUCCGAGUCAUUCCAAUGAAGUUAUCAAGUUUUUCUGCUCCGAACACGAUUCUCUUAAUUGCAGAGACUGUAUUGUUGUAGGUCAUCAAACAUGCAAAAUUGACCAUAUACAAGACAUUGCUGAAGGCUUUCGGCAGGGCAAGGACUUUGAAAGUCUAAAUAUCAACAUUGCAAAAGUGGACCGCGACCUAGAAAACUGUGAUAAAUUGAUUGAAACGUGCCUGAAGACUAUUGAAGAAGAGGUAGCUGAAGAACUCAAACAAAUACGAGAACACAGAGCAGAGGUAGUUGCAUACUUCGACAAGAGAGAGAAAGAGCUGCUAGCCAAGGUGAAUGAUAUCAAGAAAAUCAAUGAUGAAAAUGUUCAAUAUUUUAAAAAGAAAUGCCAGGUUGCAAAAGAUCAAAUGAACGCAAUCAAAUCCAGUCUAGAAUCACAUGAAAAUAACAUUAAUCAGUUAUUUGUUGUGGCUAAACAGUCCAAACGUCAGCUGGAGGAAAUUCGAACAACGUUAGAUGAUAUAAAUACGAAUAUGUCAAUUCAGACUUCCAAGUUUGCUAAGGACCACGAAACUACUGAUCUGAUGAAGUCCCUGACAGCCUUAGGGACUAUUAAGGAAACCAAGAAAAUGCCACUACAAAAGCAAACAAUGAAAGGUUUCCCAUUCAGAAAGGCCUCAUCAGCUGAAAUCGUUGCAUGGUCCUCCAAAGAUAGCGCAUUCCACCCCUGCUGGGUGAGUGGACUGAAGAUUCUGUCAGAAGACAAUAUACUUAUCGCUGAUUAUGGGUUCGGGAGUUAUUCUCUAAAAAUAUUGGACACGAAAAGAAAUAGAACUGUUUCUCAAUUGCAAAUGGAUUCCUAUCCAUGGCAGUUAUGCCUUGUGACCCCAACUAAAGCAGCAGUAACUUUGCCUAGAAAAGCAACGAUUCAAUUUGUAGAAAUCAAUGGCGAUGCACUUACCAUCCAGGGAGAAAUCAAGCUAGAUGGAGACUGCAGAGGCGUGGAUUAUCACGAUAAGAAGCUGUAUGUUUGCUUCAAAAAUGCUAAGAAAAUUGAAGCCAUGAGCCUCGAAGGAAGAAUGAUCCAUAAAAUUGACAACAAAUCAGUUGGAAUCGAGUUAUUUAUGGGUCCAUUGGAUGUAAGAAUCAUGAAAGAGAAGUCACCAUGUGUCUUUGUUGUUGACAGAGAAAGCCACACAGUAUUUAAGCUUAGUCUUACGUUGGGUGUUUUGGCUCAAUACCAAGACCCCAUUUUGAAAUGGCCUCAUGGUCUAGACGUGAUAGGGAAUGGUGAACUUGCUGUUUGCGGGAGAGAUACCAACAAUAUUGUUCUCCUCGACACUGCCGCAAGUACGAUGAAAACACUGCUUGGUGCAAAUGAUGGAUUAGACAAACCGAUCAGCGUUUGUUUCUUACGUAGUCAGCAGAAAAUGUUCGUUGGAAGCAAGGGGGGUAACUAUAUCAAGAUAUUUACAUUCGAACGGAUGACUGAAUAGGCUUUAGAGGAAAGCAUCGCUAGUAUGGUAAAGAGAAUAUAUCAGCAGGAAGAAUUCAACUGAUAUUUAUUUAUUUUAUGGUCAAUAUAAAGUUAUGAACAAAUUAACUAGCCAGAACAGAGAUUGCUUCCUCUCGUGUAUUUAUUGUUGUGAACAAAAAAGUAACGCAGUGGCAAAACUUAGCCUUACCUUGUAUUUUCUAGCUAAAUAUCAAGACCCUUUUGUGAGGUUUCCGCACGGUCAACUGGCUGUGUGUGUGUGUGUGUGUGCGUGUGUGCGCGUGUGUGUGUGUGUGUGUGGAUAAACCAUUUAGUGUUUGCUUCGCCCGCAGUCAGCAGAAAAUGUUCAUUAGAGACAAUGGACACAAUCAUAUUAAGACAUUUACGUUCGAAGCUGUGUAGAUGGCCUACACCCACUUGACAAAAUGUGUCAGUUAUACGCCAGAAAAUAUUUUAACCUGCAUUUUGAACGUGAAUAACAUUCAAAUUAGAUGUUCAUUUCAUACAAUUGCAAGGUGAAUUUAGUUAUAACAUUUUUUAUAAACUAAACAGAACUCUACUAUAUUGUUAUUCCCAUGUACAUAAUGCUACUUACAUUUUUGCUGCUUUAAAUGUAUACGAUUAUCAUUAAUUUAUACUCUUGAAAGAACUAACCAUUUUACAAUGGAAUGUCAACUAGAGGAAAUAUGCGCUUGUGGAUGGACCGUACAGUCGUGAACACUUGUUGAUGUUGUCACUGUAUACAGUGCUCUAAUCAAUCUUUUAUGCAUGGAUAUAUAAAGAAACGGCUUUUGUUAAUACUUGUUUAAAUAUUGUACCUAUUUAAAACUAUACGCUUUUAUUUCCAGGAUACCAACUCUUUGUUAUGUUAUGUAUGUUUGUUAUUCAUAUCGGAAAUGAGCUCAUUUAGUCAAUACUUCUUGUAAUCAUAUACUAGACUCAA